AUGGAUCGCAUCGACUCGAUGGACAGAGGAAUCCAGAGGCACACAAACACCUACAUACAUGCGGUGAUCAGCCUCUUGAAGCAGUAUGAUCGGCCACUGUCCUUUGAGGAGAUAAGAGAUAAGACAAGAAUCGACUUACACAACAAUUACAUGCUCCUUCAGUCUAUUAAGAAAAAUCCAAGGAUAGUUUCAACUCAUAACACUUUGAUGUUCAAGCCUUUGUACUCGAUAAGGAGUGUAGAGGACAUGAGAGAAGUUAUGAAGAAGUUGAAUGGAGAAGAGGGUUUGGAGAUGAGCAAGUUGAUGGAUUCCCCAGUGAAUAUUGCGCCGUUUGUAGAUGAGCUGAAGAAAAAUAAUGAAAUAAUUGUGCUUAGUGACCUAGAUGGGUCCGAGGUGGUGUUCUGGAACGAUAUGCAGGAAAAUCCUGUUGCUCCAGAGAUAAAAGAUUUGUGGAGCCAAGUUAGGAUAUCGACAUACCAUGAUCUAAUAAGGGAACUUAACACCGCCGGACUAAAGACAGAAAAAGUCGAAAAUGUUAAGAAGAGAUCUACAAUCAAGAUCAAAAAGGAUAGAAGAAGCAGAAGACGGAUCCGAAUAACGAAUACGCAUGUAAAGGGAUUAGAUCUCAGUGGCGUACAGGACGAAGGGUAG